UGAAAUAUCACAAGUUUCUGCUGCUGUUUCUAACGGCCAAAACUUCCAAAUUAUUCCUGAGAUAGGAAAGCUUCAGGUUGAAAUCGAAAUUGAAAUCCAAUAAGCGACUCAGACAUGGAUCUUCAUAAGAUUAUUGAGAAAAUCGAUGGCGGUGACAUUGAAGGUGCCAAAAACUCGAUGAGAAAAUAUUCAGACAAAGUUAAUCAAACAAAUUCAUGGGGCAAAACUUAUAUGAUGGCUGCUUCCGAAUAUGGCAACGCAGAUUUAAUAAACUUAUUGGUUGAUGCUGGAGCUGGUUUGGACACGAGGGACAAAAUUAAUAGUUAUACAGCUUUGCACUAUGCUGCGGAAUGGCGUCAACGUGAUGCUGUGGCCACCAUGAUAUCUUGGGGUGUUGAUGUCAACAAGCAGGACAUAUUUGGCGACACGCCUCUCCAUUUGGCGGCAAGGAAGAAGGACGAAUGGAAAGAUGGGGUGGCGGCAUUAUUAACACCAGGAAAGAAGAUGCUACAGUUGGACAACGUGAAGCAAACAAGCAAUUGUUCUUCUCCAUCAUAUAAUACGAUGAAAAGUUGCUGA